AUGUACAAAAGUCAGAUCCACAGCAUUCGCAGACUGCAGUCCUCACUUAAUCAUUCCGUCAAGGGACCAGUGAGGAGUGUGAUGAACGCUGCUGAGCCACCUCGCAAAGAAGGCGACAUCUCCUCGGUCUUCGUUUCCCUUUCUGGAGUCAAGGAGGAAGCCCUCCCAGAGGAAUUCGCCAACCAAAAACGACGCUUAAUUGCUGGCAAUGAAAAGCAUGUGAAGGAGAGCUGGGAUCGUCUUCUAAGAAAUUUGCGGGAAGAGGUUCGGACCAUUGGAGAGCUCGGUAGCAACAUCAUUCCGUCCAUCGACUUCAAGGACAUCAAGAACGCACCCAAGAGCUUCCAGCAGGAACUCAGGAAACGAGGUGUUGCAGUGGUUCGAGGUGUAGUUCCUGAGGCUGAGGCCCGAUCUUACAAGGAAUCAAUUGAAGACUAUGUGCGGGCUAACCCGCAUACUAGAGCUUUCCCACCCAAUGACCCACAGGUCUUCGAGCUUUACUGGUCUCAGGCUCAGAUGAAGGCCCGAACCCACCCCAACAUGCUUGAAACUCAGCGAUUCCUCAUGAGCUUCUGGCACUCCAACGUUGCCGAUGCCAUGGUGGCCCCGACACACCCUCUCACAUAUGCCGAUCGCUUGCGAAUUCGCCAACCAGGUGAUGCUGGAUUCGCGCUCGGUCCGCACAUAGAUGGCGGCAGCGUUGAGCGGUGGGAGGAUAACGGCUACGGCAAAGGCAAAGUCUACCAAGCCAUCUGGGAGGGACGUUGGGAGGAAUACGACCCAUGGGAAGCCAGCUGCCGGAUUCCCGCCGUGUCAGAUCUGUAUAACGGUGCCGGUGCAUGCUCCAUGUUUCGCAUGUUCCAGGGCUGGCUUAGCAUGUCUCACACCGGUCCUAAAGAGGGAACCCUCCUGGUGAAUCCUCUUCUCUCGAUGGCCACUGCAUACUUCCUAUUACGACCGUUCUUCGAGCCUAUUUCUCAGCCUCCCGCCGGCGGAUCACGCCUCGCUCUCGAUACCUAUCUUGACCCCAGCAACUGGCGUCUCGAGAAGAACGUAACCAGCAAGCUGGAAGGUGCUACGCCAGGCUUCUCGCAGGAGCUAAGCGACGUUCUACACCCUCAUCUGCGCUUGGAUGAGACGAUGGUCCAUGUGCCCCGCAUUGCUCCCGGUGACUAUGUGGCCUGGCACUCUGAUGGCAUCCAUGCGGUUGACAAGAUCCAUCAGGGACUUGGCGAUUCUAGCGUGAUGUAUAUUCCUGCCUGCCCGGUUACUGAGGAUAAUGCUCAAUACGUUCAGCGCCAGAAGAAGGACUUCUUGGAAGGAAUUCCCCCUCCUGACUUUCCCGGUGGCGAGGGUGAGAGUCGCCAUGUUGGCCGAUUCACGGAAGCUGAUCUUCGUCAGUCUAAGGAUGCUGAUGCGACGCGCUCUUUCGGUUUUGAUGCCUGGAAUGCCGAGCGAAGCGGUCUCAAGCCUGGGGAGGCUGCCAUCUUGAAAAAGGCCAACCAGAUCUUUGGCUUUUAA